UCCUUGUGAGUCGAGGUUGAAACACGUAUAUAGUGCUGAAUCAGCAUCGAUCACCUCAUCUAUUAACCCCCCGCCUCAUGUCAGCUGACCACACAUAGGUGUCUUCUCAGGGCCGAGUGGGGAGUGGGGAGUGGGGGCGGUGUUUUCCGACAUGAGUCGAGUGUCUCCGAGCUCGAGCAGCAGAGCCCGACAUAUUCUGAACAUCUUCCAAAUGUUGAGCCCGAGUCGUGAAGUGCUGCUCUUGAGGGGGGCGAGGUUGAAAGGGAGGGAGACGACGAGGGAGGAAACCGGCAGCAUCCACACUGAUUUUCACCUCUGAAGGCAUCCUGACGUCUCCUCAGACUCCAGCCGGAAUACUGCAGAAGAAUCAGCCAGGAUGGCGGCAGGCAGGGUGAUCGUAUUAAGCCUUCUGCUUGCAACAGCUCUUUCCGCCCCUGUACAAGUUGAUGAGAACUCUAUUACUCUCUUCGACGGGGAGGAUUUCCACAUCAUGCUGCCCACACUCACACUGGAGGUCACUUUCAAAAGCCUAUCAGCGCCCCGGUCGCCCGAAGUCGACCUGAUGCGUGGCGGCAAAGUGGUCCACAGCGCGGCCAAACUCAACCGCCAACUAAGCCACCUCAUUAUAGACGGGGUGAAAGAGGCAAACGAGGGCGUGUACACUGUGAAGGAUCCGGAGCAUCCAGAGAGCAUCAAACGCACCAAGCUUAUUGUCAGAGAUUGCACCAACGAGGAGAUAAUUAAAUAUGGAGAAAACUACCAGAUUCCAGUGACAGGGUUGACUAGGCCUCUCAUGCUGGAGUACAGGCCCAUUUCUAUGGAGGCAAACUACACAUCGAGACCUGCCCUUAUGCUGCUGACCAGCACAGGGUUGUCCAGGGACGGCUACGAGGGUCGAAUUCACGUUACUGAGCGCCAGGUCAUCCUCACUGCCGUCACAGGUGCAGAUGAAGGCAGCUACACGGUCAGGGAUGCCAAAGGUGAAAUCAAAAGGAAACUGUGUCUCAGAGUCAAAGAGCAUUUAAGCUUUCUGACCCUACCUUAUGGGAAAACACUGAAGAUCAACCUGGUCCUCAACAGCUCUCUGGUCCAACUCUACUACACCCCAGAAAGAGAGCCCACCUCCCAUCUGCUGCUGGAUAAGGGAGAAUUCACAAGUGCCAGAGAGGAGCUGGGUUUGCAGGAUCGUCUCUCUAUGGAGGGUUCAUGGGUUUAUCUAGAUCAGGUCACCCGUUCAGACAUUGGCUUGUUUGAGAUUAAAGACAUACUGGAGUCUGUCGUGUCCAAGGUCCAUCUUGGAGUAGAGCCUUACAAGCUGGAGUCGCUGUAUGUGGCCAUCAUCGCUCUGUUGGGCCUGCUGGUUUUCCUUCUGCUGGUGUGUCUGCUGUCCUGCCUGAUCAAAGUGAAGAAGAGGGCCAAGAGGGCUGCAGCGCUGGAGAAGCUCGCCCAUAACGCAGGAAAAGAGGACGAGGGGGAGGCCUUCAGACAGGUGGUAAAGAACAUUACCAAACUCAGUGAGGAAUCCAAGCAUUCCCAGGCAGACAACACAGAGAAGUCUCAGAGCACUGAAGUGGACAUUAAAGGUCUGGAGGUUUCAUCUAAAGAGGUUGGGAUAGGUAACCUCGAGACAAGUGACUCUGGUGUUGGCUUUAAUACUGCUCUCCCCCUGGACACUGACACUGAUGCCCCUGAUCCAACCUCUGAGUCUGUAGCUGUAACCAUCUCUGCUGCCCCUGAAACCGAAUCAAGUCCACCAACUGCUGCUGGGUCCAAGCCAAGUGCUCCACCAGCCUUGGAAAUAAAGUCCAGUCCAGUAGCUGAAACUAAAACCUCCCCUGCACCAGAAAUCAAGAAAACUCCUGAUCCUCCAGUGGUAACAAAAUUAGACUUGCCCAAAACAUCAGAUGUUAAGUCCAGCCCAACCCCAAGUCCUGAGCCCAAGGCUGGUCUAACUCCAGCUGAUCCAAAACCGGCACCAACCCCAAGUCCUGAGCCCAAGGCUGUUCCAAGUCCAGCUGAACCAAAACCUGCACCAACCCCGAGCCCAGAACCCAAGGCUGGACUGAGUCCAGCUGAACCAAAACCUGCACCAACCCCAAGCCCAGAGCCUAAACCAGCCACUCCCAAAGCCACAACGCCGACUCCUGAAAUUAAGAGUGCCCUGACACCAACACCUGAGCCCCUCAAACCACCCACACCAGAACCAAUUACCAACGGUACACCUGAGCCUGGCCCGGAUACCAAAUUGAGCCCGGAUCACGCUGAAAUUAUCAGCAGCUCAGCUCCAAAGGCAGCUCCUCCUAAAACUCCUGAGGUAGAGCUGAAAUCUAGUGGUGCCACACUGGAGGCCAGCAAAGAUGGCACUGACGAUACAACUACCACUACCACCACUACUUGAGAGCAGACCCUACAACAAUCCAAUGGAAGCCCCACAGAUUUUCUCCAUCUUCCACCACUGUAGACAAUCGAGAACCCCAACCAAAUAAUGAAGAAAACCACCGAAGCAGGGGUGAGGACUUUGAUUUAACAUGCCUGAACACAAUAUUACCUUUAUUACAAUAUCACACUUAUCUAUACUCACACAAAACCUUUUGGACUUCAUGAUACUGAAAUUCUACACACAACAAAUGUGGCUUGUUGAUUGUUAAACAUUUUAGUCAUAAGCACCUCGCAGCCUCAAUUUUUGCUAACUUCAGUGUAAAACUGUCCAACUGCAAAUUACACCUUUUGCAGUGUUUACAAUUAAAAUACUAACUCCACAUAAGGUCUUUUAUAAAAUAAUAAGUAGCCAGACAGGUUUACAGCAUUUCAACAGGAAAACAUUUGCAAGUAAUUUCUAGGAAACUAGAAUUUUGUAUUAGAUCUUACCCAAUGUUGAAAUCCAUUGGUCAUCAUUUGACGACCAUAUAGCCUCUGGGAACGAUGGCCAUCUUUUGGGGACCUUCGGUUUACCAAAUGUAAGCGACAAAAGACUACAAACCAUGACUUCCUUUUCUGUGAGGGUAAUUGUUUACAGUCCGACUCGCAUCUUGAGAAGCUAAAGCUAAAUUGUCGCCAAAUGAUUGCUGAUGAGAUCUGGGGAUGCAUUACUGUUGAUGCUCUCCAUCACUUUUGCUUUCCACAUGGACUGUUUGUCUGUAUACAAUCAUGGCCUGCUGAAAUGCAAGCGGACAAUUGUAUUCAGACUCCAAACAGAAACCAGAAUGCUUCUGAUACCCAAAGUCAUGCCGUAAACAUAAACAUGCAGAAUCUGUAAAUUCAGUCUUCGCUAAUCACGCAGCUUAUAUCUUGUCCAGUCGGCAUGUAGAGAAAAUAAACUGCAUGUAAUUCUUAGCCAAUGUCAUCUCAGAAUAAAGUUAAACAGAAAAUGAAGCCCAUCUGAUCACACAAAUGAAACUCUGCUGGGGACAUUUUGUACAUAGUUAAAAAUGUGAAGUUUAUCUGUAACCACACAAGAAGAUAUUCUAGUAACUCUAAACUCUCUAUUUAUAGUCUCUGAGAUAUAGAUUCAGACUCCCUGUGACAUUUCAGAUGAUUAAAAUGUGUUUUGCAGACUGAUCCCACAAGUCCAGAUCACCACUUUGCGGUGUUUGAUCUGGAUUUCCCGUUGGCUCUAUAAAAAUCCCAUUACUCCUAUGGUUUGAAGAAAUAGGAGCUAAUGCCAACUGCAACCUGAGGCACUUAAUGGGACCACCGCUGUGCCAGUGUAUGUCAGGCUUUUUAUAGGUCAUAUCUUGAAUGAAAAGUAUUAAAAAGCUCAUGUAGGUGCAGCAUGCAUGCAUGCUGUUUUUGGCAAUCAUUUUAUUCCUUGAUCAUUCCCUUAGUUUCUGUCCUGCAUCCUUGCUUUGUCGUCAGUUCAUCUGACGUAUUUGGUUCAACAGUGAGCACUUCCUGUGCCAUCAGCUCUCUUAAAUUUGUUAAAAGCAUUAACAUUUAUGUCAAGCAUGUUCAAUUGCUCCAAAAUACUCCUUUGAGGCCUUUUUCCAUACCACGUAGUUAAGAAAUUGUUUGGUUAUGAAUCUUAUCUGAGUCUUGUAUGGUACAGAGGAGGUGUGCAGAUAAAAUUUAGUCUUAAAAUUGCAUGUCUCUACCUCAUAUUAUAACUGACUGACAGGAAAACCAACAACAGUCUAAGUUUGGUGCACUAAAGUCAACAAAAAGCAUUUGGUUUUGUGAGAGAAGCACAAAAUGACAGCCAUGAAAAUUCAAACAAUCAGUGAAAUGUAGGAAAAUUGUUCAGUAGAUCCAUCUACAACUAACUGUCCUUUUCUUGGUAGCUCUCUUUACUCUUAGAUUUUCUUACAGGUAGAUUAAAGUAAAAUCAGCUUUUUAAAGAUGUAUGACUAGUUAGGUUAAGAUGUCAGAUUUGAUAGUAAGAUCAAUUGAUAUAAAUAAACUAAAACAAACCAAAAAUAAACACAAAUCAAGUUGCCUCAGACUUCAAUGGAAAAACAGUCUCAGUCAAACAUGUUACACCUGUUUGAAGGCAUCUAAUGUAAAACACUGAAUAUGCCUCAUUUGUUGUCUCGAUCUUUGAGGGGAACACAAACCAGUUUUGACAACACAAAAAAACUGUCAUUAUACAUGUAGACACACAGAAACACACAAACCACACACACAUUCCAGCCUUGUAAAUAUUGCAUGUGUACGCCAGUUUAACCCCUUGAAGGCUGAAUGUUUUUAGUGUACAGAUUGGUGGUUGUAUUAUACAUGAAAACGAUGAAAAAAAACUAAAUUUCUCACCAACUUUAAAUGCUAAAUAUAUAACAUACAGAAUAUACAUAUAUUAUAUGCCAGAAACACUAAUAUUCACUAACGCCAAACUAAUUUAAAAACCAAAUGUUGUAAAAAUCCAUCAAGAUUGGAUCUUCUUAGAUCAAUUUUCUGCUGUCUUUGCCAUUCAAAUCUGAUAAUACUCACAGCAUACUGCUUCUCUCACAGUAUUUACACGGUGUAUUAAAAUGUUUAACCUAUGUCACUUAAAGCAUGCUCAUGACAUGUCCUGAAAGCAAACUUUUACCAUCUUAAAGCGUGUGUGUGCGUGUGUGCGUGUGUGCGUGUGCGUGUGUGCGUGUAUGCGUGUAUGCGUGUAUGAGUGAUGUUUUAUUGUCACCAUCAUUGUGGAAUUUCUGUGUUACAGUGCAUGUACAAAUGAGAGUGGAUGAUUUAAGACUGUGAUUUAUGCGUGUUGAUGUGAGCUGAGUCUAUGCAUAGACGCAACAACUGUACUUAUGUACUUAACAUGUGCUUCUCCGUCUGUUGUGAGUAAGGUAUCCAUGUGCCUGCUUAACUCGUCCUGCAAUGUAAGAAAUAAAACAAGUGCUGUGUUCACGUCAUGGGUGUGAAUGUGUUUAAAGCCACAAUAUAUUGUAAAAGAUAUUGUAACUUUGAGAUUUUGGAGUGAUUCUUGUCUAUCUGUCUAGUGCCUGAACCCUGUUUUGGAUAGUUGGCCUGUAUUCUGUCAGUAUCCGACACUCCCGUUGGCACCUUUUACUUGAUAUUUACGAUAUUCAGCGAUGUAGAGAACUGUUUGCACACACAACCGUUCAAAAUAAAACCAGGCAGGCCUAUGAUAUGCUGACGUGUAACAGAUAUGGGACAUAAUGUAUAAAAAUGAUGCAACUCUGAGUAGCAUAUAAGGAAAGCUGAGUUUGCUCUGUGUGUAGGUGAGGGUGUUUUCCAUUUCAUUGAUCAUUGUUGCACAGUUUGGAGUACGUGAGUGAAUUCUUGAUAGCAGCAGAUGAAUGAGGAGCUCUGUGUGGGUAACCCUCAGGCUUUUGUUGAGAGACUGCUAUAACAGUAUUUCCAUGCAGCACCACUACUGUAUAUUGUAAGUGAUUGUAAUUCCACGCCACUCAGAGGAAAAAAUGAAAGAGAAAGAGGCAGAUUGUGCGUAACUUUUGGUUUGCCAGCAUCUCUAAGACAGCUCAGUCUAGUGGGAUUUAAGAAUAUUACAUCCAAAUGGUGCCAGAGGGUUUCUGGUUUCCACAUCUGAUAACCAGCUAAAAGAAACCAAUACCUUUAUUAGCACUGGCACUUCUUGCACUAUGUGAGUAGUCCCUGCCCUGAUCUCUCUCUCUCUCUGUUUACUUCUGCUGUCCUGGCCUGGGUGUGGUGUGACGUCCCACCUGUUCUCUCUGUACUCCCUUUUUGCACAACUUCACACUGAUGUUUUGUACAGAAAAUACUUUGUUUCCUUAUUUCAUGUCUAAAGGAAUACUAAGAAUAAACAAGCUAUUAUGACA